UUCGUACUCAUUCACAACGACAUUUCCAAAGCUCCAAAAAUUUCAUCCAUAAAAUUCCCUCUUCAACUUUCUCAUGCUCUGAUUCUUCAAUACCGCAAUGAAGCUGAAACACCCUCCUAGCUCCAGUUCUCAAACCCUAACUUCAACGGCCUCGUCUCACGACGCUACGUUGCUUGUCCGUGAAACUCUCCGGAUUAGUGCCGACCUCGCCUCCGCUCCUCCGUCACCGUCGGUUUCCGCUGAGCGGCGGCCGGAAAUGGCGAGCUUUGGGCUUAAUGAUCGGCAAUUUGUUGAUUCGAGCUUGAGAUUGCUCUGCUGUGAGGAGAUCGACGGUCGCCGAUGGAAGUAUUUCGCUGAUGAGAGUGUCAAUUGUGGCUCUCAGCCGUUAAAGAAGAACGCAAUUCGUGCUGUUAGUUUGCAGUCUCCUCAAGCUCCUGUCGAGGAGUUUAUGGGGUUCAUAAGAUCCUACGUUGUUCCAGAAGGUUUUCCUGGCAGCGUUACACCUUCUUAUGUACCAUACAUGACAUGGAGGGCACUGAAGCACUUUUUUGGUGGCGCAAUGGGUGUUUUCACGACGCAAACACUCUUAAAUUCAGUAGGAGUUUCCAAGCAUAGAGCUACCCCUGGUGCCAUAGCCAUUAACUGGAUUCUCAAGGAUGGUGCUGGCCGUGUAGGGAAGAUGCUUUAUGCACGACAGGGAAAGAAAUUUGAUUAUGAUCUAAAACAGCUAAGGUUCGCGGGUGAUCUUUUGAUGGAGUUGGGAGCUGGUGUUGAACUGGUAACUGCUGUUGUGCCGCAGUUUUUUCUUCCUUUAGCCUGUGCAGCGAAUGUCGCCAAGAAUGUAGGUGCUGUCACUUCUACUUCAACUCGUACUCCUAUAUAUAAGGCCUUCGCUAAAGGGGAAAACAUUGGGGAUGUAACUGCUAAGGGGGAAUGCGUUGGCAAUCUUGCUGAUUUGCUUGGGACAGGGUUAAGUAUCAUGAUUGCCAAAAGGAAUCCAUCCUUGGUCAAGACAUUUGCCCUCCUCUCAUUUGGAUAUGUCUUCAGCUCUUAUCAAGAGGUGAAAUCUGUUGUGCUGCAUACCCUGAACCGUGCAAGAUUUACAGUAGCAGUAGAAUCUUUCCUAAGGACAGGAAGAGUUCCAACCCUGCAGGAUGGAAAUUCAAGGGAAAACAUAUUCAGCUUUCCAUGGAAAAAGCACAGACCUAUUGUUCUUGGACCAAGAUUUAGAGAAGCUUUCCAAGAUCCAAACUCAUAUCUUGCUGUCAAGCCCAUCUUUGAGAAGGAGCAAUAUAUAGUGUCAUACAAUCCUUUCAAGGGAAAUAUAUAUGUGUUGCUCAAGGAUCAAGCUAAGUCUGAUGAUGUGCUGAAAGCAGCAUUUCAUGGCCAUGUGCUUCUGCACAUCAUUCGUUCAUCGACCGACAAACAGUCUUCCUCCAGGAAACAGCGGGAAGAUGAACUUUCAGCAUCCUUGCUAUCAACUGCUGAUCUUCAAGCUCAUGUUAUAGAAUCUUAUAAGAUGGUCUCUGCUUUAUAUAUGCCUUUCAAGAGCAAAGCUAAAGAACAGGUGAAGCGAAAUUUGCCGCUUAAUGUUAUAGAAUCUUAUAAGAUGGUCUCAGCUUUAUAUAUGCCUUUCAAGAGCAAAGCUAAAGAACAGGUUAGUGAGCAUUUUACAUUCUUGCAGGGCUGGGUGAUGUCGGAAUCACUACUUAAUCCUGGCCGAGCUCGACUUUGUGAAAUGGUCAAAUAGGAUACAUAACUGUUGGAGUUGGUUGCAGAGGAGCUAAAAUUGUUUUCUCUUGUCACAACUAUUUUGCAUGACCACUGAUGGCACUGCAAGGCAUUUGUGCAUCUAGGGGAAUUUGCUACAUGGCGGCAAAUGGGGUUGGAUAUUUGAAGUAAUUGCCAGAUGUUUAUCUUGAUGCCGUGUAGACGCAAUUUGCUACACGUGCUUGCUAUUUUGUAGCACGACAGUUUACCUGUACAUCAGCAGCUCGUGAUUGGCGUAAGCAAGAAAAUACACUUGGUGAAAGAGAUUUCAGUAGAUUUGUUUAUUCCACCAAAAAACAUUUCUUUGAUAUUCUUCUUUGCAUAUAAAUUUUCAUUUUAAUACUAUUUGGUAAUGCA